AUGGCUCCGCUACUUGUGCUUGAGCAUAAUUCCGCUCCUGCCCUUGCCCUGAACAACAAAUCCAAAGAGUGGGAGGAGAUCGAAGAGGAAGAUGAUAAUAUGCUCAUCAAAUUACAAUGGGAACCUUCGAGGCAAGCCUUCCUCGACGACCUUCAACGUCAAAUACCGAACAUCCGCCGCCUCAUCGCUCACCACCUAUCGUUGAGCCGGUCCCAACAGUGCGAGAUUUCAGAUAGGUCUGAAUGGCGAGGCGGCGGUUUCAAUGCCUGCAUCCCAGUCAAUAUCUCCAAUUGGCGAAGACAGCGACUUAUGUUGAGGUGCCCAUUUCCCUACAUGCAGGCCGGGCCAGAUGGGUUGGACGAGAAAAUCCGGUGUGAAGCUGCAACAUAUAUCUGGAUUUCGCAAAACUGUCCUCGAGUUCCGAUCCCUCGCCUUUGGGGGUUUGGACUUCCGAACGGCUCUAGUUUUAGGUCCGUCAGACAUCUCUCCUGGAUCAGACGAGUUAUCGAGGCCUUGAAACGCUGCUGGGCCUGGCGACAGCCAUUCAGCGCCCCCUUUGCCCGUUUCCAAACCCCGUUUCCAUUGAAGUCUGGUUACCUCCUUGUGGAUUUCGUCGAACAAGGUCAGGGGAUCAAGAAGCUGUCAGAGAUAUGGCCGCCCGCGACUCAUGUGCAGAGACAGAACUUUUACAGAAGUCUGUCAAGGAUUAUGCUUGACCUAGCGCGGCAUCAUUUUACAAAAAUUGGUUCUUUCACGGUCGACAACUAUGGGAAUAUCAGUCUCAGCAACCGACCAUUAACGAUCCAGCUUCCUUUACUGGAGAGUAGCGGCAUUCCUACAGGCAUUCCGCGCGAUCGAACUUAUGUCACUACCGAUUCGUAUAUCCGCGAUAUUCUGAAAUGUCACGAUAUGAAACUGAGAUAUCAGCCCAAUGCUGUCCCCGAUGAGUCCGAAGCCCAGAGUCAAAUGCCGGUGCUUACCAUAAUGCGAGCUCUAUCGCCCAGUUUUACCAUGGAGCCUUUCCAGUCAGGACCUUUUUGUCAUAUCUGGACGGAUUGCGAUCCAAGCAAUAUACUGGUCAACCAAAGGUACGACAUUACCUGUCUUUUCGACCUUGAAUGGAUACCCGUUUUGCCGAUUGAAAGACUCUCUCCACCCUUUUGGCUGAGUGGCUACCCAGUUGACGGACUUGGAGAGGAGAAAAGGAUACAUUACGACGCCAUGUGUGUAGAAUUCCUGGAUAUCUUCGGCCAGGAGGACAACAACCAGCACUCACCGCUUAAACCACGAUUUUACACCAAGAUCAUGAAAAAUGCCCUCGAGAAAGCGACACCCUGGUUUUGGGCUAGCUUGGACCAUCCCCGCGUGACGUACAAUCUGUUCUUGGAUCACUUACAACCUCGACUGGCGCCGACACACUCAGAGGGAGUCGAUUGUAUACAGUUCCAUCGAAUUUUGGCUCCAUAUUGGACUCUGAACGCAUCCGGAUUUGUUGAUGAAAAGAUCAAGGACCACCAAAAAUAUCUGGAAGAUUUGAGGACACGGCAUCUGGCUCGGUUCGUUGGUUCGGGAUGA